AUGUCCUUGGCUUCUGCUUCUGUUGCCGUGCGAUCUGCUUUGGCCGGCCCUGGACGCCAUGACACGGCCGGAACAUUCUCCCCUUUCCUCGGCGACGUCAUCGAAUCACAUCUGGCUGUGCAAUCUCUCUGCAGCUGCAGCUGGCUGCUGCAUUCAACGGCGCCACAUGUUUUAUCAAGUUUAUCACGGUCCCAUGCUCCCGUGUUUCCCUGGUUCUCUCUUGUUUCCAUGUUUCCAUGUUCCAUGGUUCCCUUGUUCCUCUCCCUCUCCCUCUCUCUUCUGGCCAACCGAUUCCACGUCGGCCAUCCCGCACGUUGCCGGUUGAUGUUCUUUGGCCUUGACUUGAUCAAAUCUCCUUCCAAAAGACUUGUCUUGGAUCUUUUUGCCUCUCUCCACGCAUUUUUCCUUCUUCUUCCCGUUCGACACCUCAUCUCUCUCUUCCCCUCUUAA